AUGGACAAGGCUCGGAACGAUUACGAUGCAUGGGCGGAGGUUAAUAUUUUGAACUCUUCUCAAGUGAAUGACGACGAUGUUGAUGGGGCUCCGAUCGUGAAAUGGGAGAAACCAUGCCAAAGCUUUGUGAAACGUAACAUUGAUUCAUCGUGGAUCAAUGAGACUGUUAACACUGGCGUCUCUUGGAUCCUUCGUAAUAACUCAGGGGAACCUAUGAUGCACAGUCGCAGAUCCUUCUCCUCAAUCCCUACUAAGCUUGAGGCAGAGCUCUUAAGUUUUACUUGGGCUAUUGAUUGUCUCUCAGACUUACGCUGUGAUAGAGUGGUGUUUGAAUCAUCAUCCUACCUUGCGGGUGAAGCAAUCCUUAUGCCUGAAAAGUUCCUUGGUUAUCAAGACUUGUUGGGAUAUAUCUGCUUCAAGUUGACUAACUUUAAUCUAUGGAACAUAUCCUAUGUCCACCUUGAAGGUAAUAGAUGUGCCCAUGAAAUAGCUCUUAGUGUCACUAGAGACCACCGGUAUCAAUCAUACAUAGCUCGUGGUGGACCAUUUUGGCUUCGAGCGUUGACACUAGAGGAGGCAACAGACGAUACAUGA